AUGCCGGGGCGCUCUCGCGGCCGAAGGGCGCCGCGUCGCCUUCCAGGAAAGAAGCGCGAGGCGGCGAGGAGCCUGGCAGGCCGCAGGCAGGAGGCCAGAGAGGCCGGCGGGCCCAGGGAGGAGAAGCAGUCGAGGCGCGAGAGAUCGGCCUUGCCUGCCCCCGACGACGACGACGACCACGCCGUCGACGACGAAGACGUCGACGAUGACGACCACGUCGUCGACGACGAAGGCGGCGAUGGCGAUCGGCCCGACCCGCCCCCGGCGACGAUCGCGAGGGGGCCUCGGUCAGCGGGCAGGCAGCGGGGCUCGGCGCAGGCAGGGCUCGGCCGGAGCGGCGGGUGUUGCAGGAUCCUGCGCAGCUCAAGCAGCGGCGAAGCGUCCUGGCUUGCCUACAGAACCACCGUAUAA